AUGGCUUGCACUCUGGCCUGCACUGCCGCGCUGUCGGCCCCCAGCAGCACCACCCGCGCCCCGCGGACCCUGGCAGCCACGGCGGCCCUCCCGCAGCGCCGGCGGCGGCAGCAGCGCCGCCUGGCGGUGCGCGCCGCGGCGCAGCCCGAGCCCGACAGCCCCGCCAGCGCGGUGCAGGACUUUGCGCGCAACGCGGAGCGGGUGUUGUCCCGCUACGACUUCCUGUCUGCCGGCAUGGGAGCCAUGCUGGUCACCGGCUUCUGCGUGGCGCGUGGCCAGGACCUGGGCACGGCGCUGUGGAUCACCGCCGCCGCCACCGUGGUGGCCAUCUUGGUGAACGACGUGCUGCCUGAGGAGCGCUGA